UUUAACAUGCAGAUACUGGUUUUGCUUGGGGACUGCGUUUUCCCAUCCAAGGCUAAAGCAGAAGGAUCAGAAUCGGUGGACCAAAGCUAUGACCAAGUAGAAGAGCAAAAGGAAACUCCAGAAGACACAGAAGGAGGGCCCGACACAGAAAACGGCUUGUCUGAUGAGGACAAUGAGGAAGAAGGAGAAGACGAAUCCCAGGACAACUCCUCCGAUGACUCAGCAGUCGAAAGUUCCAUGAUAGAAGAGGACUCAGAGCACCACACUUCAGACCAGAGCUCUGUAAGGCAGCGUAAAAACCAGGAGGUGGCUGACGAACUAUAGUGCAAUCGUUAGGCAACUGUAUUAUUUUGGACCAAAGAAGUAUCAGGAGGCUCUCCUUGACUGCAGCUGAAGCCAAACAUUUGACCAGCAAACUGUUAAAAGCUCAAAUCCAUGCUUUGCACCAGUAGGCUGUUGUUGUUGUUGUUGUUUUGUA